UAAACGUUCUGACGGAGAAAGAAAACGCAAGCAAAUUGUCGCCGAUUCCUCACCGGAAAUGGAAAACGAAAUGGAGAUUGAAAAGUCAUCGAAACUUCGUGAGGAACGAAGGAAAGUUGUCUCCGAUUCUUCACCCGAAGAAUUUGUCAAACGUAAGAAGAUCAGUAAGAAAAAGACAGUUUUCACAGACUCUUCACCUGAACCAUCGUCUAAACGUCGAAGAAUUGAGAAAACAAAGACGGACCAAGGCAACACUGAAAUUGAUAAAGAAAUGGAAAUUGCAAGGUCUAAAUCAUCGACCAGUCAAAAGACAAAAAGAACUUCUCCAGCACUAUACUGCCCAACAAAAGACGGGAGACAAGUUGUUAUUCACAACUUUACCAAUAUGGUCUUGCAUAAAAGAGGAAUUAAAGAAAGAAGCCAGCAAAAAGAAGAUUCCAGAGUAUAAAGAUGCAGAACUGUUGCAAGGCUUGGGUGGUACCAUCAAUAAUAGUCGUUCCUGGAAGAAUAACAA